AUGACAGCCUUACAAGUCAAGUUAGCAAGACCAAAGUGUGGACGACUUUUCCUCAAAUUUCGUGACGUCGAUUUUAUUUUGGAUGAUGAAUCGUACUUCACUCUUUCCAACACAACUUUGGCUGGGAAUGACCAAUUUUACUCAGAUGAUAUUCAAAAGACUCCUACUGAUGUGAAGAACAAAAUGAAGGCAAAAUACGAGUCAAAACUACUUGUUUGGGUGGCAGUUUCACCUCGAGGAAUGAGUAGUGUCAAAUUUUUCAAGUCUGGCCUGGCAAUCAAUCAAUAUAUUUACCGUGACGAGUGUAUACGAAAGAGGUUGAUUCCUUUUAUUAACAAAUACUAUAGGGAUGGUAAAUACGUAUUCUGGCCCGAUUUAGCUAGCUCCCACUAUGCAAACUCAGUCCACGCCGACCUCAGAGACAAAAAAGUCAAUUUUGUGCAAAAACAAGACAACCCAGCAAACGUCCCGAAAGUCAGGCCAAUUGAGGAUUUUUGGGGAUUUUUGAAGCAGAAAGUGUAUGAGAAGGACUGGCAGGCUAAAACUAUCACUCAACUCAAAGCUAGAGUCAGUCUUUGCCUUCGUAAUUUGGACAAAGACCUUAUACACCGCACCUUCAGCUCGGUACACAAAAGACUCGAUUUUGUCAGAAGGAAUGGAAUCGAAAAACUUUAA